GCGUGUCCUCGUGACUCAACGAUCGCCAAUCAGCGCGAACAUCAUUGUUAGCCCUUCUUCGCCGUCUUCGUCUCUUUUCCGGCAACCGAAACGAUGUCGUCUGCGGUGGAGAGGAAGAUCAUCCUGAAAUCCUCCGACGGAGAGGCCUUCGAAGUCGACGAGGUCGUUGCGUUGGAAUCGCAAACCAUAAAGCACAUGGUCGAAGACGACUGCGCCGACAAUGGAAUCCCGCUCCCAAACGUGACAAGCAAGGUCCUCGCGAAGGUCAUCGAAUACUGCAAGAAACACGUAGACGCUGCCGCCGCCAACAAUAGCGAGGAUUGCGUCGGUGGCUCCGCAGGGGGCGACAAAGACGACCUCAAGGCCUGGGAUGCCGAGUUCGUCAAAGUCGAUCAGGCCACGCUCUUCGAUCUCAUCCUGGCUGCUAAUUACCUGAACAUCAAGGGCCUUCUUGAUCUCACUUGCCAGACAGUGGCGGAUAUGAUAAAAGGCAAAACUCCCGAGGAGAUUCGCAAGACGUUCAACAUCAAGAACGAUUUCACGCCUGAGGAGGAAGAAGAGGUUCGCCGUGAGAAUCAAUGGGCGUUUGAGUGAUAGAUGGCUCCACUGUUUGAUUGGCCCUUUUUUUUUUUUCUCUUCUCUCUUUUUCUUUUCCUCUUUAAUGAAGUUCAUCGGUUUGCAAUGUGGCUAGAAAGAACUGGUUGUUUGUUUUAUGCGCAAGAUCUUGUUGCUUUUGGAUAAUUUAGAAAUGCUAGUGUGAUUCAUUUGCUUUUUCAAAAUCUUAUUCCUCUUCAUCA